AUGAGGGUGCCCUCCCAUGGUUCAACAGAUGUACUUGCUGGCAUGGAUCAAACGAUUGAAGAUGGAGUGGACAUCAUGUCAUUGUCCUUGGGAUUCUUUGAGAUACCAGUAUAUGAGAAUCCAAUAGCCAUAGGAGCAUUUAUAGGUACUAAGCCAGCUCCAAAAGUGGCAUAUUUUUCCCCUCGAGGACCAAAUCAAAGAUCCUCAUGGACUCUGAAACCUGACAUUCUGGCUCCUAAAGUUCUGUUACCAUCAGCACUAAUAACAUUUGUUGAUGUUACAAAUAAUGCAGAUGAUAGAAUCAUUGAUAUGACCACUGAAGUUGCUGGCACACCCCUUAAUUUUGGAGCAGGGCACGUAAAUCCCAACAAAGCCCUGGACCCUAGCCUGGUCCUGGAUCUUAAUUAUCCUUCUUUCCUUAUGCUCCUGAACAAGACUAAUACUACCACCACUACCUUCAAGAGGGCGUUGACAAAUGUAUAA